AUGAAGGGCAGAGGAGACAGAAUGGUGCAAACUAAGGAUGGAACUGUUGUUGCAGUAGCUUCUGCUUUUUCUGGCCACAAGCAAGCUAUAAAGGAUAGAGACCAUAAAUUUUUAAGAAAAGCAGUUGAAGAAGCAUAUAAAGGUGUAGAUUGUGAAGAUGGAGGUCCUUUUGGUGCUGUUAUUGUUUUUAAUGAUGAAGUUGUUGCUAGUUGUCACAAUAUGGUUCUCAGAAACAAUGACCCUACUGCUCAUGCUGAAGUCACUGCAAUAAGAGAGGCUUGUAAGAAACUGAAGCAGAUAGAACUCUCUGAUUGUGAAAUAUAUGCUUCUUGUGAGCCAUGCCCAAUGUGCUUUGGUGCUAUUCAACUUUCACGUGUUAAGAGGUUGGUUUAUGGAGCAAAAGCAGAAGCAGCAAUUGCGAUUGGUUUUGAUGAUUUUAUAGCUGAUGCAUUACGAGGAACUGGAUUUUAUCAAAAAGCACAUUUGGAAAUUAAAAGAGCUGAUGGCAAAGAGGCCAUUAUUGCUGAAGAAGUGUUUGAGAAAACUAAGGAAAAAUUUCGAAUGUAUUAA